CUGUUGAACAGGAUCGUGCUGGCGCCACUGACUCGACAGAGAUCUUAUGGGAAUGUGCCACAGCCACAUGCCGCCUUGUAUUACUCCCAGAGAUCCUCCAAUGGCGGCCUUCUCAUCACUGAAGCCACUGGGGUUUCUGAUACUGCUCAAGGCUAUCCUGAGACUCCUGGGAUUUGGACUAAAGAGCAUGUGGAGGCAUGGAAGCCGAUUGUUGAUGGCGUUCAUGCCAAAGGUGGCAUCUUCUUCUGUCAAAUUUGGCAUGUUGGCAGGGUUUCCAACACAGGUUUCCAACCAAAUGGUCAACCUCCAAUCUCAUGCACGGACAAGGGCCUCACCUCCGACGACAUAAUGACAUUCUCACCCCCAAGAAGACUCGCCACCGACGAAAUCCCCGGUAUCGUCGACGACUUCCGCACCGCCGCCAGGAACGCCAUCGACGCCGGCUUCGACGGAGUCGAAAUCCACGGCGCCAACGGCUACCUCAUCGACCAAUUCCUCAAAGACCAAGUCAACGACCGGACCGACCAAUACGGCGGCUCCUUGGAAAACCGCUGCCGUUUCGCCCUCGAGAUCGUCGAGGCCGUGAGCAACGAAGUUGGGCCGGGCCGGGUCGGGAUCCGGUUCUCUCCCUUCGCGAGCUACAUGGGUUGCGGGGACUCGAGCCCGGAAUUGUUGGGCCUGUACCUGGCCCAGGCCCUGAAUAAGUACGGGAUCGCUUACUGCCACAUGGUCGAGCCCAGGAUGAAGCUGGCGGACCAGAGGUUCGAGACGCUGCAGAGUUUGGUUCCCAUGAGGAAGGCUUUUAAGGGGACUUUUAUUUCGGCCGGUGGGUUCAGUAAGGAGGAAGGGAAUCGGGCCGUGGACGAGGAUCAUAGCGAUUUGGUGGCGUUUGGGCGGUUGUUCUUGGCGAAUCCUGAUUUGCCGAGGAGAUUCGAGCUCGGUGCGGCGCUGAAUAAGUAUGAUAGGACCACGUUUUAUACUCUGGAUCCUGUUGUUGGGUAUACUGAUUACCCUUUCCUUGAGGAGGGUAAGUCUUUAGGUUAA